CGUGCGGCGGCUCGGAGCCUGAAGAACAGAAGACCCUUCACAGAUGCGGUCCCUUGAGUAGGAGCUGCAGGAGCUGCGUCUCCCCCGCUGCUCCUCUCUGUGAGUUUCCUGGAGGAUGUUCGCGCUCAGGAUCAACAAGUCUCUCCUGCUCUGCGCGCUGUAACUGUGGAUGGCUGCGGGAUGGAGAUAGCCUUGGUGAGCUUUGAGAACGGCGGCGCAAAAGGGAGCGGUGGAGGAGGAGGAGGAGGUGGAGGCAACAUUGCCGAGGAGAGCUGCCGGAACGCGCUGGAUGUCCCUCAGCCGGGCUUCGUUCAAGGCGGGCGGGGAGAGGACUACAGCAAGGAGCUGAACACCCGGGGCGGCCCGCAGCCGCCGCACAGCCCCUGGAAGAUCAAUGACAUGAACAACACUCUGAGCUGCAGCGAGAACGCCAUGGAUGCGCUUUUACGCGCGGACCACAGUCCCCACCUGUUCGACGAGGACAUGCUGGACAUGGACAUGGAUACGGAGAGCAACGAGAGGGUGCUCAUCAACAUCGCGGGUCUGAGGUACGAGACCCAGCUGGGUACCCUCAACCAGUUCCCUGACACUUUAUUGGGAGACCCCGCUAAGAGGAUCAAGUACUUCGACCCGCUCCGGAACGAGUACUUCUUCGACCGGAACCGGCCGAGCUUCGACGGGAUACUGUAUUUUUAUCAGUCCGGAGGAAAGAUCCGGAGACCCGUCAACGUGUCCAUAGACGUUUUUGCGGACGAGAUCCGGUUCUACCAGCUGGGGGAGGAGGCCAUGGACCGGUUCCGCGAGGAUGAGGGCUUCAUUAAAGAGGAGGAGAAGCCGCUGCCGCAGAACGAGUUCCAGAAGCAGGUCUGGCUCAUCUUCGAGUACCCGGAGAGUUCCAGCCCGGCCCGGGGCAUCGCCAUCGUGUCCGUGAUCGUCAUCACCAUAUCCAUCAUCACCUUCUGCCUGGAAACGCUGCCGGAAUUCAGGGAUGAGAGGGAGCUGGCGGUCACCAGCCGUCUGGACAACAGCACGGCGCCCCGGCCGUCGCUCACCUUCACCGACCCCUUCUUCAUCAUCGAGACCACGUGCGUCAUCUGGUUCACCUUCGAGCUCAUCGUGCGCUUUUUUGCGUGCCCCAGCAAGUCCGAGUUCUCCAAGACCAUCAUGAACAUCAUAGACAUCAUGUCCAUCAUGCCUUACUUCAUCACCGUGGGCACUGAGCUGGCGGAGCAGCAGGGCCAGGAGCACCAGAAUGGUCAGCAGGCCAUGUCUCUAGCCAUCCUGAGGGUCAUCCGCUUGGUCCGGGUCUUCCGCAUCUUCAAGCUGUCCCGACACUCCAAAGGGCUGCAGAUCCUGGGCCAGACUCUGAAGGCCAGCAUGCGCGAGCUUGGCCUGCUCAUCUUCUUCCUCUUCAUCGGGGUCAUCCUCUUCUCCAGCGCUGUGUACUUCGCCGAAGCUGACGAGCCGGAGUCCCACUUCUCCAGCAUCCCCGACGCCUUCUGGUGGGCGGUAGUCACCAUGACAACUGUGGGUUAUGGUGACAUGAGGCCGGUGACAGUCGGGGGGAAGAUCGUGGGCUCUCUGUGCGCCAUCGCCGGAGUGCUGACCAUCGCGCUGCCGGUGCCCGUCAUCGUGUCCAACUUCAACUACUUCUACCACCGGGAGACGGACCAGGAUCAGUCCUCCCUGAAGGACGAGCCCAACAGCGGCAGAGAGAGCCCCGAGCUUAAGCGCAAAGGCAGCAAAGCGUCCGUGAAGACUCAGGAUGUGGAGAACAACGAGGCGGGCGCUUCGGUGGAGAAAACGAACAUCAAAGCAAACAGCAGCGUGGACUUCAAGAGAUCCCUUUACGCGUUCUGUCUGGACACGCGGGAGACGGACCUGUAGCCGUGCACGAGCACACCUGGGCUUAAAGCAGAUACAGUCGUGUAGAAUAAACCCCAUUAAUGGGCUCUUAAGUCUUUGCACAUUGCAGUUGGAGGAUCAACACAUUGCAAUCCUGAAAAGUUUUAAGAGGGUUGGUUUAUAAAAAGCACACUUUAAUCCCCAUCAUCUGGUAAGCACGACAGUUAAAAGUGCGGAGUUAUGAACGAGCUGCAGCGCAUGUGAUGCAACACAGAGGCCCUUUAAUAAAGCAGGGACACCUGCAGAGCAUCAAAUCUAACUCAUGGAUGAAUUAGAGGGAAGUGGGACAUCAGAUGCUGCAGAUAAUCAGGGACAAGCACGACUCGGAAUAAUUACUUGACACAGUGAGAGGAUUACCGGGACCAACUAGACUGUGUAUAUAAUGCAGGACGCAGACCACAUUCAGUAGUGCAACAACAACAACAACAACAAAUAAUAAUAAUAAUAAUAAUAACAAUAAUAAUAAUUUCCCAACUGUGAUGUUUAUACUGGCAGCAGACGUGUAAAUAUUCCCCACAGGCUGCUCUUAUUGUAGAAAAACAAAAGUAUAUUUUUGAGAUGCAGACACCUGAUUUCCUUCACUCAGGUUCUGUUUAAAUCAGAGAGGGUUUGGGGGGGACCUCAGCCUUGAACUUUUAAAUAAAGAACAUUUGGAAUUUUUUUUUAAACUGAGGGAACAACAGCCAAGAAAAGAGGACAGAGCAGAAACCGUCUGGAGAGAUCGAGCAUCAGCGAUACCAGAGAGUUUAAGCCCUGCCCUCCAACCAUCAGGAGAGUCGAUCCGACCACAUGAAUCCCCUCCAUCAGGAAACGCCAACAACUAAAAACCUGCUGCUGUGCUUUGAAAAUCAGCAUCAUCCACCCUUUUUAGAACUCUGUGCCUUCAACCAAAACUCACCAGUGAUACUUCUGAAGCUUUCUUUUUUUUUUUUUUUUACUUUUUUUCUUUUUUCAAGCAGGACUCAGAGGACAUAUCUGCCUGAUGAAGGAGGGCCCGGGAUCCUGCUGCUGUCUCUCUGAAGAAAAAAAACAAUAAAACCCGACAUGCAACGUUUCAAUCAUUUUAACAUCCCACCGUGUUCUUUUUUUAAUCAACCAACUGUGUCAGUGAUUUACUUCAUAUCGGAAGAAAUCCCUUGCUGUGCAAUAUCAUUGAUAUUUACGUGAAGCUGUUAUGUGGAUGUAGACUUUGGAUGAACUUUUUGGUUUAUUUUUUUAAUGAUCUUUUCCUGAUUUCUAUUUUUCUAAAACGGUGUAAGAGAGAUGAUGGGAUACAAACAAAAAACAAAUUUUAACAAAGACGGAACCUUCACUUGUUGGUAAAAAGGGUGUUUAGUUUUCCUUAAAUCCUCCCCUUCCUGCUGUGACCAGGGCCAAAGCCAUAGCCUAUCUCAGAUAACAAUGGACGAAGCAUUUCAAAUGACUGGUGUCCCUAACAGCAAGAUGCAUUCAGGGUCUCACAUUCUCACGUGUCAGCUCAUCUUAGCUGUUUGUUUCCUGUUUUUUUCAGGGCCUUGAAUCCGAAGUAUUUAGUGCUCCCUACCUUUGUGUGGCCUGUUUUUCUUGCUGUUAUUUUGUACUUCCUCCUACAUAUCAGUCAAGCAACUUUAAGUGGCAUGAUUAUGUGUGCCUGUAGAGAGAGACAUGAAUGAGUGUCUUCUUUACAAAUUGGACAUAAAGUACUGUAAACUUUCAAAUAUGUCACAGAAUAAUGGCUGGAUAACAAAUCCAUGAAACAGGGAUCUAGUGGUUUAAAAAAUGUGGAGUCAAUUAGUUAAGUGUCUAAAAUACAAAUGGUUUUUCUAGAAUAACCCUUUAUUUGGAAGCAUACUCAACAAAACCACCCAUUCAAACUGUAAUUUUUCUAUGAGCUUUAUAAAAAAAUGAAAAAAAAAAACUUUACCAGCAAUUACAGAUUUCAAGGGUUACAUGACAGCUUAUCGAUUAUAUAUUUAUUAUUUACUAUUAUAUAUUUAUUUUUAAAAUUAUAUAAAUGAGUAGUACCUCUACAGGGCAGCCAAGUCAACUAAGCAAAGGAUUGGAGCUGGUAGUUCCUAUAAAACUGUCCACACCCUAAACAUCUCAGUUAAGUGUGUUCGUCUCCUUUGGAUGCUUUAUAAAUGUGAUAAAACUGAAAUAUCUUUGGUUUUCAAGUGAAUUUGCAGAACAACGGGAAAACAAGGGUCCUGCUGCUUUUUGGAGACUGAAAUGUUGAUGUUGUAUUAAACUGGCAUCCUAAAGGAUUCUAAAAUGUCAUUUUGUCAGAUACCUCACAUGACAGCACACACACCAAAACAACACUUUGUGUGUAAAUGACCAUUGCCAGGAGCUGUGACAGGGCAGCACAAGUUGACAUCCAGUUCAAUAUUUUAUCAAGCAAAUCUUCAUUUUCUGACCUAUUAAUUUUAUAUAAAAAAAGGCUUUCUGUAACAUUAAAGUUCCAGAGUGUAAAAUAUCACCACCAGAAGUCAGCAUAUUGCAGACUGUAGUCAACUGAGUUCUGUUUUUUUGCGUCUUGCAAUUCAAGUACAUACCUAGCGACCGAGGCCACUGUAGGACAAACAAAUUUUAAUCAGUCAAGAGAUAUCUAAAACAUCACAUAAUGGCUGUAGUUAAAACACUGUAACUAAUAUAUUAUAUAAUAAAAUAAUAUCCAAACUAUUUUUAACAUGUUUGAAUAAUAUUAACACUUAGCAAUAAAUCAGAAAAAUUAAAAAUAAAUGUUUCACUUAAAUAUUUUAUGUUUUUAUCCCUGAGACACCUCAAAGCUUUAGUUGCUGUUCAUCUGUAGUGAGUGUACCCAGAAAGCAAAGUCACUCCAGACCAGAUCAGCCCUAGAUUUUUCUUUCCCUAUCUUUGUCAGUCCACUGUUUACCUCAGCUGUCAAUGCCGGGUGAGAAGCAUCCAAAUCUAUUUUGUCUGGAAGAGGCUGAUAAACUUUGUGAAAGAAGUCAGACACAAGUCAAUGUGUUAGUGAAGAUCACUUCUGUCUGAUAACAGUGAUAACUGAGGUGACUUGUUGAGUAUAACAACAACUCAACUUAUAUAAAUAGUUUCUUUUUAAGAUACUUUGUUGAAGUUAGACUUAUAUUUUGUGAGACGAACCAUUUAAAGCCAUCUUUGAAAACCAAAACCUCAAAAUUAAGUAAGUAAAAUUUUAUUUAUAUAGUACCU